CCUCCCCCUCCACCAACUGCAAUUGCAGCCUGGUCGGGAGCUCACGUCAAAAUGAAGUACGUUCUUGUCUCAGGUGGUGUCAUCUCCGGUGUUGGCAAGGGCAUUAUUGCCUCGAGCACCGGGUUGCUCCUCAAGUCCGCCGGUCUCACGGUCACUAGCAUCAAGUGUGACCCAUAUAUCAACAUCGAUGCUGGUACUAUGUCGCCAAUCGAGCACGGAGAGGUCUACGUGACGGACGACGGCGGUGAAAUGGAUCUGGACCUCGGCAAUUACGAGCGCUACCUCUUGACCACUCUCACUCGUGACCACAACAUUACUACUGGCAAAAUCUAUCAGCAAGUGAUCGAACGGGAGCGUAUCGGUCGCUAUCUUGGUAAGACCGUCCAGGUCGUGCCCCACAUCACCAACGCCAUCCAGGAUUGGAUCGAGCGGGUUGCCAAGAUCCCCGUGGAUGAGUCCGGGAAGGAGCCCGAUGUGUGCAUUAUCGAGCUGGGUGGUACCGUUGGAGACAUUGAGAGCGCGCCCUUCAUUCACGCAAUCAGCCAACUUCAACGACGGGCUGGCAAGGGCAACUUUGCUCAGAUCCACGUGUCUUAUGUUCCCGUUAUCCACGGCGAGCAGAAGACGAAGCCCACCCAGAGGGCAAUUAGCGAUGUUCGUAGCGCGGGCCUGAAUCCGGACCUGAUCGCUUGUCGCUGCGAGCUGCCGCUGGAGGACGGCACCGUCCAGAAGAUCGCCAACAUGUGCUCCGUGGACAGCCAGCAGGUAAUUGCCGUGCACAACGUGUCGACUACCUACCACGUGCCGCUGCUUCUUGAGAAACAGAAGCUCAUCGGUACUCUGGGAGAGCUGCUUGAUCUCCCGUCUAUCAAGCGGGAUGCUAAGCUCAUCGAGCAGGGUAAGACCAUGUGGCACGACUGGGUUGACCUUGCCCGGGGCCAGGACUACCCCCAUGACACAGUGUCGAUCGCGCUUGUGGGCAAAUACACCGCCUUGAAGGACGCUUAUAUCAGUGUGUCGAAGGCGCUGGAGCACGCGGCCAUGUUCUGCCAUAAGAAGCUGGAUUUGAUCUGGGUUGAUUCAGCUCAUCUGGAAGACGAGGUCUUUGAGACCAACCCAGCUGAGUUCCACAAGGCUUGGCAUGCAGUCUGCACUGCUGACGGCCUGCUGGUCCCCGGUGCCUUUGGUACUCGGGCUACGACCGGCAUGAUCAAGGCUAUUACAUGGGCGCGUACGAAGAAGCGUCCCUUCCUGGGUGUCUGCCUUGGUAUGCAGCUGGCCGUCAUUGAGUACGCCCGCAACGUGAUGGGCGUCGAGGACUGCGGAAGUGAAGAGCUCCACCCGCAGGCUAAGAACCACGCCAUCGUGUAUAUGCCCGAGGUCGACAAGGAUAAGAUGGGUGGCACCAUGCGCCUCGGAAAGCACCCUUCCAUUUUCCAAAAGGGCACCGAGUGGUCCCGCCUUCGGGCUCUGUAUGGCCCCGAGGUUUCCCAAAUUUCGGAGCGUCACCGUCACCGGUACGAGGUCAACCCCGAUAUGGUUGAGGAUAUUGAGAAGGCCGGUCUGUCUUUCAUCGGCAAGGACGAGAAGGGCGAGCGUAUGGAGAUCGUUGAGAUCCGCGACCACCCCUGGUUCGUGGGUGUGCAGUUCCACCCUGAAUACCUCAGUCGUGUCCUGGCGCCCAGCAGGGCUUUCCUGGGCUUCUUUGCCGCCGCCGCCGGCUGCUUGGACGAGGUGACCAAGGCCCUCAACGAGGGUCUGCGGAGUGUACCAACUCAGCAGCAAUAG